AUGGUUCUAACAAGAUCUCAGGCCCGUGCCGCAGCACAAGACCAAGCGGGCAUACUAGAAGGGAUUGUUACCGAGGUACACGAUGAAGAGCUCCUUGCUGUCGUCCCUGCACAUGCCCCUGCGCAGAAUGUUCGCCUCGAGUCUCAAGUCUCAAGAAUCGUCGACAGCUUCUGGAGCGAGACCCAAAGACUUGCUGCAGAGACUACAAUGAUGCAGAGCAAUCAAGUUCAACAAGCGAAAGAGUACCACGCCGCCUUGGCUGCCAUCCACCACGAUGCUCGAAGCAGUACGGCUGAGCUGGCAGCACACCAACAGUGGAUUGAGGGCCAGAUACGAAAGGCCCUGGAAGACACUAACUUGGCUCUACAACAAGAACUGCAAGUUAUUUCCAAUGCCCAGGUAGUAGGUAAUGAAUCUUCGCAGAAAUGA